UUGCCCUACAAGUUAUAUUCCAUCGUGUGUUAUCCGGUCAAAUGAAGCCUAUCUCCCUCUGGAUAUAGAUAUAAAUAAGAUAUUUGUGUGCAGGCCUGUGCUAAAAUCCCAACCAAACCUGGCCAAUGUCAUCGGAUUGAUAUGGUUGUCCAGUUGGGCCGGAAGUCGCAAUGUUUCAUUUCAAUUCACAGCCGCGGUAGUGUGAAUGUGCGAUAGGGCGCAGAAUUGCAGCCGACUCCGCUCAAAUCCUCCCCACGCCAUGGCCACCGCUCCGAGCAAAUGCUUUAUCGUCACCGGCCCUCCCGGGAUUGGAAAGACGACGCUGGUGAUGAGAGUUUUGGAGAGUCUCAAGACUUCUCACCCUCACCUCAAUAUCCGGGGCUUCUACACUCGGGAAGUCAGGGAGGCCUCUGAGAGGGUUGGGUUCGAGGUCGUCACGCUGGAUGGUAGACGCGGUACCCUCGCCUCGUCCACUGUCUUAAGUGCUGAAUCUUUCAGAUGGCCUAGUGUUGGAAAAUACAAAGUAGAUGUGGCGUCAUUUGAAUCUCUGGCAUUGCCUGAGUUGCAGGUCAAAGAGGGCACAGAUCUUUUCAUUAUUGAUGAAGUGGGUAAAAUGGAGUUGUUCAGUUCUUCAUUUUUCCCUGCUGUUCUGAAAAUUCUCGAAUCCAAUAUUCCAAUUCUGGCAUCCAUUCCUAUUCCAAAGUUUGGUCGUGACAUUCCUGGAGUUGCUAGAUGAUAUGAUAAAGAAGAUGGAGAGGGCAGAGGACAGGACUUUGGCAUGGAGAAAGUAGGCAAAGGUGUUAUUAGGUCAAACUUAUUAAGAAAAAGUGUUGCUGAACAAGUAAGAGAACGAGUGAAAAUGAGAAGAGCAAAAGAAUCUGGCAAUGAUCUGCUUGCUGCAUGGCCCUUGCCAAGGCUGGUAAUGAAGGUUGAUGGAGGUUUGUGGUCAAUAGCAUUUCUUUCCCUUUCCAUAUUUCUUCUCGCUUACUCACCCGUUCGUACUUCAUUGUGAAUGUUAGUGGUUAACAGUUGCAGAUGAUGUGAGGGAAUGGAAGCUUCUCCAAGAUGGCAAAAAUGCGGUACCAUCAUGGACAAUGGUGCUUGUUAAGGUGGGGCAUUUUUAAGGGCUGAGAAGGAACUAUAGGAAAGGUUAAUGUUGAAGAUCCAACAUUCAAAAAUUAAAUUUUCAGCAAAGGGCGAAAACGAUUUUCCCCCUCAUUGUGAAUUUGUAUUGAAAAAAUGGUACUAAAAAUAUUACAUGGGGUAGGGUGAAAAUUGACUUUUCCUCUAGCCAAAAAUUAGACUUUGAAAAGUGACUGAUUCUUAAAAUGGACAUUGUAAGUGACUUUUUUUUUUAAAACUUACCCAAAAGAAAUCUGUCAAGAGUUCAACAGAAAAUUAUAAAAGAACUAGUUUAAUUUUCAAAAUAAAAGAAGCAAAGCUCACAUAUUAUGAAAUAAACUGAAGGUGAAUAGAAAGCUAUUCUUGAAUGUUCAAU